AUGAGUAUAUAAUCUUUAAGUCCAAGAAGUUAAAUUGAAUAACAUCUUUUUUCUCAAAUAACUCCUAGAAUAAAUCAUCCAUCCUCGCAAAAUUUAACUUUAGAACAAUGUAUGAUGAAUUAAUUUAACAUAGAACAAUAUUUAGAUAAUUUUAAACCCUUUUAGAAACUUCCUGUUCUUUUAAAACAGGAAUAGAUUAAAAAUGAAUGUCAUGAAAAUAUCAAUGAAAAUGUUUAUUAUUUAGAUGAAAAUGAACUACCAAAAUCACAUAUUGGUUCUGCUAUUACCUAAAAAGUAGGAAGAAAUAUUUUUUAAAUUAUCAAAAUAAAUAAUUUAGUUAAAAGGUUUAAAAAUACAUUGCUUUGCAGAAGCUAUGUUCUUUCUUAAAGUUAGAAAGAAAAAAUUAAGAGUAAUCUUAUUUUUUAAGAAAAAUAUUUAUAAGACAAAAAAUAAAAUUCAAAGAAUAUUAUUUCUUUUGUUAUCGAUCCGACUAAUAAAUAUAUAAUUUUAUGGGAUAUAAUCAUGUUUUUUGUUAUUUUGAGCUUAAUUAUACUAAUACCUUUUUUUUGGAGCUUUGAUCGAUCAUAUCCUAUACUUUAAAUAGAGGAACUGACUUUAUUUUUGACAUUGUUAUGCUUAGACAUUAUUUUAAAGUUAAAUAUAGCCAUAAUCAAAAAAGGAAAUGUAAUAAUUUUAUUAUAAUUUCAAGAUUAUCAAAACAAGAAAAUUUAUUGUGAAAAAAUAUUUAUAAACAUCCUUUAUUUUAGAUAUAAUUUUCAUUCUUUUAGUUUAUUAUACAAUAUAAAUUGAAAGCAUAUUAAUCUUUAUAUCAUAUUGUGCUUUUAGCUUAAUUAAACUUUAAAAAAUAAUUGCUAAAAUAGUUAAAUUAUUAAAUUUAUCAGCGAUGCAAAGAGAAAUUAUAAGUCUGAUUAAUCUUGUAAUAACAAUCAAUCUUAUCGCGCAUUUUAUGGCCUGUAUAUGGCAUUAUAUUGGGAUGACAACCAUUGAAAAUGAGAAAAAUAGUUGGAUUCUGUAUAAAAAUCUUCAAGAUGAUACAAAAUAAGUUAGAUAUAUAUUUUCUUUCUAUUGGGCUAUUGUUACAAUGAUCACUGUAGGAUAUGGAGAUAUAACACCAUAAAAUCAUAUUGAAGCUUUUAGCUGUAUCUUUCUUAUGUUAUUGUCCUGCGCUGUUUUUACAUUUUCUUUAAAUUAAGUAGGAACUAUUGUACAGAAUAUAAAUAAACAAAAAAGGCAAUUUCAGUAAUAAAUAUUAUUAUUUUAGAGAAAUGGUAAGAAUUUUAACUUCUUAUAUGCAAUAACACUCUAUUCCAGAUCAACUUUAAAGUCGAGCAAGAAGUUAUUUAGAAUAUAGAUGUAUAAAAAGAAAUUAGCAAUCAAAAUAUCAUGUAAUAAACUUUGAUUUUAUUUUAGUUAUAAAAUAUUCUUGAAUAAUUAUCUUCAUUUUUAUAGUAAGAAUUAAUGCUGAAUGUAUUUAAAAACUUACUUUAAGAUUGCAAGAUUAUAUCUCAUAAUUUUAGCGAAGAAACAAUAAAGAAAAUGUCAAACUCUCUUUAAACUGCAUACUAUUGCCCUGACGAACAGAUAUACUUUUAAAAUUAGAUCGAUGAUAAUUAUUUAUACUUUUUGGAUUAUGGAAAAGUUGAGCUUUAAGAAAAAAAGUCAUUAUAAAAAGUAACGGAACUUUAGAAAGGUAAAUAUUUUGGAGAAGAAUCUUUUUUUACUUAAUAACCUCGCAAAUUUUCAGCUAUUAGUAGAAGUUUUACAAAAGUAUUUAGAAUUUCUUAAAACACAUUCUUGAAUUUACUUAAUAAGGAAGAACUUUAAGUUUAUCAUUAGCUAAGGCAUUUAAUUUAAUUUAAUUCUUCUGUUCUUGGUCAAAAAUGUCAAAUAUGUUCUCAAUGUGAUCAUUAAAUAGAUAAUUGUUAAUUAUUAAAUUAUAAACCAGACAUUGAAAAAUUAAUUUUAAAGGAUAAUUUAAAAAUAUAAUAUAGAGAAAAAAAAUAAAGAUUAAAUAAAAGAUCUUGUAAAGCACUUUAAAUUCAAAAUGUAUUUUAUUCAAAUAUAUAAUGAGUAAUUAAUUUUAAUGCAAAAAGUAAUAGCACAAAGUUAUGGAUAGGAGGAGAUCUUAUAUGAUGAUGAAGAAAAUGGAUCUUUAAUCCCUCAAGAUCUUGAGUUCAAUACAAAUUAAGAUUCUCCAAUUUCUAAAAGAAAAGAAAGUUUACCUAAAUAAACUGAUUCAUCUCCUAGAGCAGACAUAAAAAAUUCUCAUGAUUCUAACAAACGAAUAACAUUUAUAAAAUCUGAUGGAUUUACAAGAAGUAAAUAAUUUUAAACUCCUCAAUAAUAAAAAUAAACAAGUGAAACUGAUAACAAAACUCAAUAAUACCAAAAUUCAGUUUAUUGCAAACAAUAAAUGGUAGGAUUUGAAAAAGCAAUGGAAUUUAAAAAGUUUUUUCCUUAAUUUAAUCUCCAUGUUUUAAUCUUAGAAUAUAACAAAAAGGUGAAAAUCUUAAAUAAAACUUAAAAAAGUAUUUAUUAUUUAUUUAAUCAUUCAAUAAAGAAAAGUGGAUCAGUAAAAAAAGCGAGGAGCUCUAAAUAUCUUCAAUUACAAUGAUAAUAAUAUAAUAUUUAAUAAUUAUAAUAUGGAUUUUGAAACACAAAUCAUAAUCUGUAAAAAUAAUGCGAAAAGUGUAGUAGACAAAAGAUUGAGAGGAUUUGUAUAGGUUUGGGAUCAAGUAUAUUGAUUUUGAACAUUAGAUAUUCGAUGAAGACGAAGAGAUAAUAGAUUUUGAGGCUGAUCCACAACUUUUACAAAAAAUAAAUCAUUACUACUAAUUUCAUGAGUAUGAUAAAGUAAAUAUAAUUAUAAAGUAGACUUAAAUUAGUUAUGUUGAAAAAAUUUAAGAUUCAAAAAUAGAGCAUCUGAUGGAUUAAAAAUCACUUGAAUAUUUAAAAUUUUUAGGAUUUAAAAAUGAUGAAUUAUCAAAAGAGAGAGUUUAAGAAUGGUUAACAGAAAUAACUCCGUUAUUGUGCGAAUGUUAUAGAUUAAAUUGCGUCGAAAUUAUUGAAAUUUUAAAAAUUAGUGUUGCAAUAUUUUUCUAUAUUGAAGGAUUGACUGAAAAAGAGUUUUAAUAAUUUGCUUUAAAGUGGGGAGUUAUGUAUCCCCUGCCUCCUCAAAUAUAAAGGAAAAUUGUUGAGGAAAAUAAAUUUGUUUUUGAUAGAUAGGGAAAGAAAUGA